UAUCAGCAGAGGGAAGACUAACAAGUCAUGCAAGAGACUGCCUACUUAUUUCUGUUCAUGACAACUCAGCACUUGUCACACCAUUGAGUGCAACGGUUUUGAAAGAUUUAAAGAAAGAAAGAGCUAAACCAUGUUGGAGUUCAACUGUAGUGCAGCAACAGACACCGUGUUUCUGCGUGUGGUCUACCCGCCCGUGUUCAUUGUGAGCCUUGUCUUCAACAUCACAGCUCUCUGCAUCUUCUGUCGCAUCAAACACAAACACUUGACCGACAUGCACAUCUACAUGCUCAACUUGCUGGUUGCUGAUUUCUUGGCUAUUUUCUUCCUGCCAUUCAGGAUAUUUGAGGCCUUCUGUCCUCUAAAAACAACUGGAUUCUGCACGUUUCUACUGUGCACCCAAUACUCCAACAUGUAUGGCAGUAUCUUCACCAUUACAGCUAUCAGCAUACACCGGUUUAUAGCCAUCAGGUUCCCAUUUCUGAUCAAGGCCAUGGUCGCUAAACUCAGGUAUCGGGUAUAAUCUCGAUAGCAGGUGAAGUGAUACUGUGCUUCACUAGCCACCAAGUCCCUGACUUGGAUAUGGAGAAGGAGAGACUCAUCCCUUCUCCCUUCAGCGGCGAGAAGCAAUUUCCCGGCAUGGAGUGUUUCACACUGUUAGUUUUUCUUUUACCCUUCUCCUGGUGUGUGUCUGAACCUUGUACUUCUCAUGUUUGCAAAUAAUGCAUUGUACUGGAAGCAGGUGUGGGGCCUGCUUGGACGUGUAGAGAUCACGGGCAUUAGACCUCAGAGCCCGUGUUUUUACUGGAGUUGGCUCACCAUCCUCUGCCUCUACCACUAAAAAAAGUGCAAAACAAUAGAUUGAGGUUCUGCACCCUUCCCCACAUCACUGAUUAAAGAAAAAUGGUUUGUAACUUUCAGCAGGCGAAAACUCAUGCUCCAUAUAUUGGUUUCACCUGUUCCCUUAACAUGGUUAAUAAAACCAGUUUCACAGUGUUCAGGUGUCUGGCCUUGUUGAUGUUAAUAAUGCCAUAAUUGGAAGGGUACAUUUUUGCAGGAUGUUUUUAUUAUAUUACUGUUAAUACACUGUAUAUAACUAUAUUAUUUGUACUAUUAUACUGUUACUGCUACUACACUGCACAUAACUGUAUGUGUUUGUUCAUACUGCAUAUCCAUUUCUAUUAUGAUCUAUUAUGCACAUUUAUGUAAUUUAUAUUACUGUAAAACAUACUACUUUCUUAAAUGUAUACUACUGUCUACACUGUACCGAAUGUCUUAAACUGCACCACCCAUCUAUACAAUAUAAUACUGCACUGUAUGUCUUUUACUGCACCUCCUGUCUAUACAAUAUAAUACCAACCUUCAUUUGCAGUUUCUUCAAAUAAUACUGCCUUCUCUCUUCUCCUCUGUGCUCGUUCUAUCUUCGUGAUAUUUGUGAAAUGGCUGUAGCACUCCCUGUGGUAGCCAAUGUUAGCUGGUUUGACUAACCGGUUUGUCGGUUCCUGGCUUUGUAACUUGUAUGCCUGUACUGCCUCUUCUGCUAUAAGACUUUCUCUGCAUUCAAGGUCUUUCCACAGAAACACCGAUUUAAUAAAUUUCUCCCAACUUAUGUCUGUGAAGGGAAUGGUGGGGCCAUUUCCCUCACAUAUAUGCAUGCAGCACUUCAUGUUUUUGCCAUUUCUUCCACAGUAAAAAUG